GCGGGGCCCGGGGCGGGGCCGCCGUGUCGCGUAGCAGCGGAGACGCGGGUCGGGUUAUGGCGGACGCGGCGGAGCAGCCGUGGGAUGAAGCGGCGGAGCAGCCCGGGGACGAGGCGGCGGAGCAGCCCGGGGACGAGGCCGCGGUCGGCGCCGAGGAGGCGGUGAAAAUCAUCUGCCUGGGGGACAGCGCCGUGGGCAAGUCCAAGCUGCUGGAGCGGUUCCUGCUCGAUGGCUUCCGCCCCCAGCAGCUCUCCACCUUCGCCCUGACGCUCUACCGGCACCGCGCGCGGCUGGACGGGCAGACGGUGCUCGUGGACUUCUGGGACACGGCGGGGCAGGAGCGGUUCCAGAGCAUGCACGCCUCCUACUACCACAAGGCCCACGCGUGUGUCAUGGUGUUUGACGUGCAGCGGAAAGUCACCUACAGGAACCUGAACAGCUGGUACCAGGAGCUGAGAGAAUUCCGCCCAGAGAUUCCUUGCGUUGUGGCGGCCAACAAGAUCGAUGCGGAUAUGACGAUGACCCAAAAAAGCUUCAGCUUUGCCCGGAAGCUCGGUUUGCCGUUUUACUUUGUGUCUGCUGCAGACGGCACCAAUGUAGUGAAGCUCUUCAAUGAUGCCAUCAAGCUGGCGGUCACUUACAAGCAGAAUUCGGGAGAUUUCAUGGACCAGGUCCUGCGAGAGCUGGAGAGCUUCGACCUGCAGAAGAGUGAGAAUUUGUCAGAUAAAGAGGAGAGCUGCCCUGAAGAGAAGCCCCCGUCUGCCUAGGCCCGGGAUGCUGAGUCUGCUCUUUCCUCUGCUCUGGAUUUCUGGGGCCAGUUAGCGCCAGGCUUCACAGAGGACAGUGAGUUUUGUGGCGCCCCGAGGGCUCUGGUGCUGGGCGGCAGGGCCUCCCCCUGCCGGUGGGAGCCCGGGCACGACCCCCUUGGCUCGGCCCAGCCACUGCGGGCGCGGCCAAGGCAGCGGCGAGAGCAUCGCGCGGUUCUGCAAGGCACAGCUUGCCAGCAGAGCUGAGCCGCUCUUGGGCCUGCAGGGAAGGGUCCUGCCCAGAUGCUUUAGUGGUACCUGCUGGAGAAAACAAACACUAAAGAAUUGUUUUUCUGAA